AUGAAGAUCUCCGUCGCACUCCUGGCGGCUGCGGCUGGCAUCGACCAGGCGUCUGCCACUCUGCUCCUCGGCAAGGGUCUCAGCGCUGGCAUCGGCUUCAACCUGGGCAUUGGUUUCACCGGCGCAAACCCCUUCACUUGCCCUGGAAACAUCGACAACAAGUGCACACCCGAAUGGGAAUCGGGCUGUGACUUCCUUGACCUUGUGGUUGGCAAGGUGGUCGAGUAUAAGAAGAACGUUUUUAGCGGCUUCACCUGCGAGAAUAGCUUCUUCAAGCGAGGCGAGCUUAGGGGCCGCACAUUCCUGCCGGGCAAGGUCAUCACCGGCAACUGUGGACAUGAGAGGAAUGACUGCCCGUCGAUCAGUCCCGGCCCUGACGCUGGCAUUGACAAGUACUCCAUCGACUCCUUCGAGGUGACUACUUCGCUAGACGCGCGCAUGGAGUUCCACUACCAGAUGCCGGAUGGCGGCAUCUGCAAGACCACCCACGACUGCUCCUCCCAGGGUACCACUGUGCGCAACACGCAGUGUGGCGGUGCCAAGAAAGUCUGGUUUGUUUUCCCGAAGCAGGAUAAGCACAAGGGCAAGAAGUUCUGCAAGAUCGGCAUCCACAAGAUUCGUUGGCACUGCAAGGACAACAAGCCCAAGCCUACGCCGUCGACCAGCAGGGUCAUCACCUACACGAAGCCUCAGGAGACGAACACGAAGACAGUUCCUGGCAAGGACACCACAACCACAGUUCCUGGUCAGCAGACUACGGUAACCCAAACCCAGCCUGGCCAGACUACUACCGCGACCGAGACCCAGCCUGGUGAGACGACUCCUGCCCAGAGCACUCCCACCGAGACCAAGCCUGGCGAGACGACUCCUGCCCAAAGCACUCCCACUGAGACCAAGCCUGGAGAGUCGACUACACAAACCGAGACCAAGCCCGGCGAGACGACCCCUGGCCAGAGCACUCCCACCGAGACCAAGCCUGGCGAGACGACUCCUGCCCAAAGCACUCCCACAGAGACCAAGCCCGGCGAGACGACUCCUGCCCAAAGCACUCCCACUGAGACCAAGCCUGGAGAGUCGACUACACAAACCGAGACCAAGCCCGGCGAGACGACUCCUGCACAGAGCACUCCCACCGAGACUAAGCCCCGGGAGACCACUCCGGCCCAGACCACUCCCAGUGAGGAGACCACAACUUACAUGACCACCUCGACCGUCUUCACCACGUCCGUCACCACUAUCACAAGCUGUGCUCCCGAGAUUCCCAACUGCCCCGCGAAGUCCACGGGUGGAACUGCCAUUGUCACUGUUACCAUCCCUGUCAGCACCACCAUCUGCCCUGUCACGGAGGUCAUUACGAAGACCAAGCCCGCCCCUACAGGCAGCAUUCCGGCAACAACUGUUUCGCCUCCGGGAGAAACCUCGGUUGGUGAAAAGCCCAAGCCUAGCACCAGCCAGGGAAGUGCGAGCUCGCCGGCUCCGCAGCCGACCGGGCCCCUGCCUUGCCCUAAGGUUGUCCCCCAGUGUCUGAACACCAAGUUGAUCGAGAAGGGACUCCGGGAGAAGUGCAAGGAUAACGCCGACGUCGGUUGCUACUGCCCUGACAAGGAGUUUAUCAAUCAAGUGUUGGGCUGCAUCUAUUCUUACGGCGAGAACGACAACCAGAUCUUCGAGGCUAUUCAGUUCCUCCAGGGAAUGUGUGCCCCUUGGGUUGGCAAGAACCCCGCGGUCAUUACUGGUGCGGAGCCAAUCACCUCUAUCAUCACCGUGACAGGCACCCCUCGUGUAACAUCGGUCGACUACACUACCGUCGUCAUCGCUACGACUGUCGUCGAACCCUGCGUCACUAGCGGUAGCACCAUCCCCGGUAGCAGCACCACCAGGACCAUCUCAACCGAGGUUACUGUUCCCGAUAUCAGCAUCACCAUGGGGUCCACCGCCGCUCCCGAGGUGCCCGCACCGACCAACGGUCCAGCACCUACCGAGGGAGGCCCUGCUGAGAACCCGGGUGCCACGACCCUCGCCCCGUCGCCGAUCACCGGCACUGGCGGCGUCCCGGUGCCCUCCUCCACCGGCGAUGUCCCCGUUACUGCCGGCGCAGCACGUCUUGGGGCUAGCCUGGGUCUUGGACUGGCUUUCAUCGCCGCUAUGGUUGCUAUGUAG